AUGAUCUUCGUUGCCAGCCACCUACAGGAGAAGUUUAAGGAGAUGCGGACCCACCUGUACUCUACCUUCGUGGGUCUUACGAAAACCUUCGACACGGUGAAUCGUGAAGGACUGUGGAAGAUCAUGCAGAAAUUCGGCUGUCCGGAGCGAUUAAUUCAGAUGGUGCGUCAGCGCCACGAAGGCAUAAUGGCGCGCAUCACGGACAACGGAGCUGUCUCAGAGGCAUUUGCAGUGACCAACGGAGUGAAGCAGGGCUGCGUCCUGGCGUCCCCUCCCCUCUUCAGCCUUGUGUUCUCUGCUAUAAUGAUGGACGUCUACCGCGUCCGUUUGCAGGACGGACGGCCACCUCCUCAAUCGACGGCGGAUGCACUUUCAAUCGCGUUUAUCCGCAACCACUGUAAACAGAACCCGACUGCAGGUGGUGAAAAUCUUCCCAUAUCAGGACAGUACCCUUCCCGCAGCACCAAAAUCGACGACAAAAUAGCCCGCCGGAUUUCAAAGCCAAGUCAAGCCUUUAUCCGCCUUCUUAACACAGUUUGGAAUCGUCACGGUCUCCAGCUCAGCACGAAACUGAAAAUUCACAAGCCCGUCAACAGCAAUUGA